CAGAGUGUCCCUGCUGAUGAAGCAUAUUUAGAAUAGUACACGGGGAGAUGGUUUCGUAGCUAUGGUGACAGUUCGCGAAGCCCUUCUUUCGGUCGUGGGAGAGAGUUCAACAUCCAUCCAGCCAAUUGUUGAAACCCUUUCCGGGCAAGGCUUUUACGAGCAUGAAGAGGCGGGCGGCGCGUUCAGCUUGUUAGAGGUGGACAAAGUGGAAGGCCUCACUUUGCGGCAGCAGUUAGCGCUGAAGGCUGCGAUUCAAGCUGUGGCGGCUGGCCUGGGCGUGGGGAGCGCGACAGGACCCGCCUUGGCGGCGGCUGGCCUGGGCGUGGUUAGUGCGGCAGGAGUCGGCUCGCUGCCGGCUGCUGCUGGCGUAGCCGGUAGCCCUACGCUCGGUAGCGCCGGGGGGAGCACAGAGCAGGCAGGCGCCGAGUCGGUGCGCGAACUUGUACGUGCGGCAAUGCGGGAGAUGUGGCUUGAGAUGGAGGCGAAGCAGCGGCGUGCACGCAAGCCUCAGUCCUUCUCCUCAGUGGGCAGCCAGGACGUGGACACCCUCGUAAGGAGUGUCAAGCUGGUGGAGGUCCGUGGCGAGGCGGUGGCGCCGCAGGAGGUGCAGGUGCCGGAAGGCACACCUGAAUGCGCCAGCUUUGUGCAACAGGAGGGCCGCAGUGAGGAUGCCAUGACGCCAGCGCUCCUGCAGCAUCACCAGCAGCAGUUGAAGAAGCUCGGCGUUGUGUUUGACGAGCUGGGCGGUUUUGAGAUGUAUGAUACCCGCAGCAAGGGCAAGCUCUUGGGGUUCACAUGUGAUGAGAAGUCCUUCUCCGGCGGCUUUGACGGCUGCGUUGCCCCGUACGGCCUGACGGAGCGGAGUCUUGUGCACCAACUUCGGAUCAUCUAUGAGCACGCGCUCAACAUUAAGGCACCCCACAAACGCCAAGCGGUCGUGGAGCUGCUGGGGGCAUAUGCCUGGGGCCGCUGCCCGGUGCUUUUGGACCUGACGGAUGGCCGGAAGCACAACGUCUACACGAUACGCAACAAGUACUUGCUCGUGUGGGAGAAUCUGACGCCGACACAGGCGUACUACUUGCAGGCGCAGCACCUGCGGGCGGCGGGCAGCCUGCGGGCGGGCCUCAACCUGCAGCUGCACCAAAUCCCCGAGGAGGAGCAGCGGACCAUGCGCCACGUGCAGCAGGUCCUGAGCCCCGCGUUUGGUUGCGAGGCCGCGCUGCAGGAGCAGCAGGAGUACUAGCUGCCCUUCAUGCCGCCAGAGGAGCACGAGUCGGUGGAGCUGGAGCUGGUCAGCUCAUGGAUGCGAGCUGCAGACUUCGCUCAACCGCCCGAGGAGGCCCGGACCCCCGCCCCGUCCCUGCCCCUGUCGCUGCCUUUCUAUUCGUAGUUUCGGGGUGAGAUACGGGCGGUACAACCGAUGAGGGAUGGCUUGUAUCGUUUUCAUAUUUUAUGUGGCAACGCUGAUUGCUCCCACUGCCCGCACGUGUAGGUGCUUGCAUCAGAAGAGCGACUAGAAGGGUGAGUAGUUGGACACCAUGUCUUGGGGCUGUGUGCUGUGUACAGGGUGGGGUGGGGAGUACAAAUGCUUGGGCGCUGGGCUAUUGUGGGUCAUCGUGACAUGCGGACAGUACAGAUUGCAGUUGGCAACAUCGGGACACGGUUGUAGACUGCCUGGCUACUGUGAACGUAACGUUCUUGCUCGGUGUGGCUUGUGGUGGUGUGUCCUGUGGGGUGUCCAACGUUUCGCCAUGCAUGAGACAUCGGGCACCAGAGCUCAUGUGUUGGCUGCCGGCACGUUGGUGGAUAGAUGCCGACCACCUCCAACCACUGGUGUGAUGCCAAUGCCACCAGUGCUCGACAGCCGGUCACGCACCCAGCACUCCGAUAUGCAUGCGCGUCCUCGUCUGCCUGCUGUCGGUGGUGGCGCUCACAUCCCAGUGCACGCCCCCAAUCAACAGGAGUCGGCCCUUGCUACCUGGUGGCCGUCGUCCUGGUGCCGGUCAGGGAACGGGCCGGCCUCCUGGAUGCCUUCAGCGGGCCGCCGUGCAUGCUAUUGGUGGAGUAGUAAGACCGGGGCGCCGCGCAACUGGUAGGUUGCAGUGGUGGCUGCUGGGGUGUGGCAUCAUCAUGGACACGAUGCUGCAGGUGCACCUGUUCGCGUUCAGCGGGCUGCUGCUGGAGCAGUCAGGGCGCCAGCUGGAUGGCUGCUGCAGGGGCAGCAGCAGCAGCAGCAACAGCAGCAGCAGCAGCCCCGGGCGCGGUGGGUGCGGCGUGGCCUGGUGUGGAUUGCGGAGGGGGGGCUGUGGCCUUCUGGCCGCCAUCUUUGUGCACGCGGCUGCCUGCCUGGCUGGCCUCUGGGCGGAUCCGGUGCCGCUGGCCGUGCACUACGUUAUAGCGGUGGCCAUGGCGGCGGCAGUCUCCUGGAUGACAUGCAGCUGACACGAGUGUUAUGCGCAAGAUUAACUGAUGUAAUAGUGUACACGCUUGUAUUGUUGCCAGCGGACUGUGUGCACACAGAUGAGUGCUGGCAUGCGAACGACACGCAAGUCAAAAUGCAUCUUACGGCGCCAUGACAGAACGCAGAGCGGGUAGCUGCACCAUGCACGUGCGUCUGUGUGUUUUUAUCGGGUGUGGAUGUGCUGGAGAGAUAUUCGUUUUGAAGGCACUGCACCCCCACGGCAUUCGUUGGGAGUGUAGAUGCUGUAGUAGCGCAUUUGUGUACGAUAUGGCGGACAGGCGGCGGCAGUUUUGCUCUGCUUGCUGGGCAGACAUGAGCUGGCGGGGCGGCCGGGUGGGACAUACACACCUUACUCUUCUGUGUGCGUUAUGGCCGCUUCAAGGCGAGAAUGCGCGAAUAACGCUGUAAACACGGUGCAUUUGUGCUGGGAGAGAGAGAAACCAGUAUUACAGGAAGGAGUGGCUAGGUCGCGUAGUCAACAGGGAGAUGGUGAUAGGGACUGAAGCUAGCUGCAGAGUGGCGUUAACACACGACUGCAUAAUAAUGCUCCUGGGUUUGAUGGGUUUUCCAACCAUGAUGCCGUUCAUCUUGCAAGCUGGUGGGGCUGCUUGCAGAGUCGGGCUGCGAAUGAGAGAAUUGGGCAAAGGUAGGGAGAAAUGGGGGAGCUGCGGGCAUGUGAGUGGUGGGGCAGCAUGUGUGGCAUUGUAUUGUAGCGGCUGCCGCGGCGGCUCUGCGGCCCGCUCCGCCUGUGGAUAACAUGUGGCGCCUUUUUGCAUACUGCUGCAGCAGCUUGUUGCGGGAGAGUUAAUCUCGCCAUUCGCAUUCUAGCUAGAGCAGGUAGUGCAAGACGGGGACAGUGUAAAGACCAUAAGUC